AUGGUCUGGCCGUUCUCAUCCAACAAGUCGGCAGAGGCUUCGUCCUCCUCAUCCACACAGCCUGCUUUCCAGGCUAUGGCUCCUGCGCCUGUCGAUUCCACAGUGGCUCCUAACGCAUCCUCGGACAGUCCUACCAACUACCUUCGUAGCCACACUUUUGUUCAGCCCUCGUCAUCGACACCAUCUACAUCCGACUCCGCUUCUGAGUACGUUCCCAACGCAGCUUCCCUUCUCGGCGAUGCCUCGCUGAACCUCGGAGACCUGUCGCCAUUGGCAGGCCUAGGCAAAGACGAUCUCGAGUACCUCGACCUUACGGAUGGUGCACCAUCCAGCAUGGAGGGUGCACGAACUGCUGUUCCAUCCCGAGGCUGGUCAGACGAUCUUUGCUACGGUACAGGUACAACCUACCUCUCCGGUCUCGCCAUCGGUGGUCUCCUCGGCGCAAGGGAAGGCUUCUUCCGCCCUCUCGGCGUAGAAAACACCACUUUCCGUCUUCGACUGAACGCUGUUCUGAAUCAGGUCACCCGACGAGGUUCCUUCUUCGGCAAUUCCGCCGGUGUCGUCGCCCUCAUCUACAACCUCGUUGACGCCUCCAUCGAUGGUGUUCGUGGCAAGCACGACAUCUAUGGUGCUGUUGCAGCAGGCGGUCUUUCUGGAGCCCUUUUCAAGUGCACUUCCGGUGCCCGCCCCAUGGCUCUCGCAAGUGGUAUCAUGAUGGCUGCCGCCGCCACGUGGACCACUGCCAAGCAGGCUCUCAUCUGA